AUGCAUCAAGGAGGUGAAGAACACAGGAAAUAUCAUCACGUCGAGUGGGGAGAAGAGUUCGAAAGUCUGCUGCAGAAGAGCCAACCACAACGCAACUUUCUUUCGUCGUCGCCAUCGUCCGCCAAAGCGACAUCUCCGCCAACAACAUCAUCGAAAUUCUUUGGAGAAGGAGAGGAUCAACUCAAAGAUUUCGUUCAUGUUUCGUGGAAAUACAAGUUCUACGACGUUUACGUGGGUAGAGGUAACGAGAAAAAACAUCUACAUGACCAGACUGAGGUAAGCGCAACAAGGCCAAGCAUGUUGCAAAGAGACACACUUGGGGUGGUAUCUCGGUCCAAGGUACCGUCCAUUUUUCUAUUUUACCAAGAAUUCAACGAAACGAUAGCGAACACAAUUGAGAAACUUAGAAGGAUGUUACCUUCCUCUCCAAUGCAGGAAUUAUUGAUGGUUUAUUCGCUGUUGUGGUCAAUGUUGUCUAUUAACUAUAAAGCACUUCACCCCAAGAUUUUGUUACCUUGUGCAGGACAACGCACCACCACACAAAAGCAUUUAUGCGAGGGAUAA